UUUUUGCCUGAGCUGGGACAUUACGGUAACUGUUUGGUAAGCAGUGCUGUUUUUCCCUUCCUUGCCUGUGACUGGACUUUAAAAUCAGCUUUAGAGAAAAGUCCACCCUAUCAGGCCAAAGAGUUGCACUUCAAGAGGAACACAGCAAGCACACAAAUCCAGCUCUAAGUUUCAAGUGCUCUAAUACGUAGAGGAACGAAGCACAGUACAGACUCAGUCUGCGCAGCACAGAUUCUUUGCCCCCACGCUGGAAAUGACGGAGGCCAGCAUUCUCCUCUUCCGUGCCUGCUUCAUGCUGCUCGCCAUGCCCAUCUAUCUGCUAUCGUUCCUGGGUAUAUGGGAGCCUUUCUGUAAGAAGAUAUUUUUUCCUUUCAUCCUCGAGAAGAUUGCUGCAGUUUACAACAGGAAAACAAAGAGGCAAAAACAGGAACUAUUUCGUAAUCUGCCCGAAUUUACAAGCCCCUCAGGAGAGCUGAAGCUGCUGGAGAUCGGGACCGGCUGUGGUAGUAACUUCCAGUUCUACCCACCAGGCUGCAAAGUGACGUGCACCGAUAUAGACCUUCACUUCCAGAAAGGCCUUUCUCAAAGCAUGAGCCAGAACCAGCACCUGCACUACGAGCGCUUCUUAGUAGCUGCAGGAGAAGACCUGAGCCAGGUGCCCAGCGGUUCUGUGGACGCAGUCGUUUGCACUUUAGUCCUAUGCUCUGUGCGGGACAUAAACAGCACCUUGAAAGAAGUACUGCGAGUGCUCAGACCGGGCGGCGCUUUCUAUUUCUUAGAACACGUGGCUGCUGAUCAUUCCAGCUGGAACUAUUUUUGGCAGCAGAUCUUAUAUCCCACUUGGAAGCUCGUGUUUGCUGGGUGUUGCCUAACAAGAGAGAUAUGGAAAAACCUAGAACAGGCCAACUUCUCCGAACUGAAGUUACAACACAUCAGCGUUCCUCUACCCUGGAUGCCUAAUAAGUCUCAUAUCAUUGGAUAUGCCGUGAAGUAAUUCAUAUCGCGCUGUAACUUUCUCCCCUGUCCUCAGAGAAAUUCCUUGACGUAGUCAAAGCAGCAAAAUGGCAUAUGCUAAUCCAAAUAACCGAACCCAGGUUAACACGAUUAAGCUUCAGUUAUCCUAAGUUUCGGCUGUAAAUGGCAAAUGAGGAAGCGGUUUAGCUUUCUAUAAAUCUUGCAAUGGAAAUAAAUAUGUUGAUGACAUGCUCUAGAGGUAAAGCAUCAGAAACUGGUAUCCUGAAGUUCCAGUUAGCACAAAAAUAAAGCAGAUCCGCUUGGGCACGUAUAAAACCCUUC